AUGCAUUGGAAAAGCCUGCUAGGUCUUCUCAAAAGACUACAACGCACUCCAAACAAGAAUGACUGCGUCACUAUUGUCGGAAAGAGAGUACAGGAUUCAGACUGUACCAGUAUUACCUGUUCGACAAAGAACUCUGAGCAGAUUUCCACUGAGACAAUCGCUGAACCCCAGGUACAAAGGGCGCUCGUGGUGGCUCAAAAAGGAAAGUACGAAGUUCGAGAUGACUUCCCUAUGCCCGUUGUUGCGGAUGGAGAAAUCAUGAUUCGCUGCGACUUCGCCGGCCUCAACCCCAUAGAUUGGAAAAGUGUCGAUUAUAACUUCUGUUUACCAGAAUUCCCCUGGGUCACCGGAAGAGAAAUGUCAGGGACUAUUGAACAAAUUGGUUCGGACAGCGCAGACUUCAAAAUUGGCGACAAAGUCUGGACCAGUACAUACUAUCGUGACGUGCGAGCGGGUUGCUUCCAGAAAUACGUCGUCGUUCCUGCGCAUACUGUGUCUCACGUUCCGAAAGGCAUGACAAUGGCAUCUGCUGCUUGCCUCGGAGUUCCUGCACUUACUGCUGCAAUGACUUUGUGGAAAUGGCUCAAUGUCCCUUUACCAUCGGAGUCUUCGGGGCAAGUCGAGCAAUUAAAGGACGAGUGGCUGCUGAUAUGGGGCGGUUCUACAAGCACGGGUCAAUUCGCCACGCAGUUCGCUGCUAUAAGUGGUCUGAAGGUCAUCACCGUCAAUUCUCAGUCAACAAAGGCCCUAUCAGAGAAACUCGGCGCAACACAUGUUGUUGUUCGAGAUGGGAAAUCAGAUUCAGAGCUUGUGGAAGAAAUCCGUCUUGUAACGAAUGGGGAUAUUACUCGAGCCAUCGACCUAGUGUCUUCAAAAACAGCAGCAAUAUCCCUUCAGGCCGUUUCGCAGGAAUCUCCGGUCCAUUUUGCUCCGCUGGCUUUGAUGUCUUCUUCUCAAGUUGUGCCAGGUAAUGUCUCAGCCCACACGGUCGAGAUGAAGCAAUACGUUCUGGAUAGUACAAACAAGGGUUAUGCGGACGAGCUGAAUAAGAUUAUGUCAGAGGGGAAGAUUGAGAUGCCUGAAAUUUUACAUAUCGAGGGUGGGCUAGAAGCUGUACCUGCUGGCCUGGACAUACUGAAGAAGGGAAACAUGGGCGGCAAAAAAUUGGUUGCGAAGAUAUACUGA